AUGAGAUUAUGCUGCUGCUCCCUCGGGGACGUUGUGGGGAUUAUUUACGUCAUUUCUGUCUCCAUAUGCUUCCCAUCGUCUGCACUGAAACGCUUCCGAGGUUCAGCACCAGGAAUAAACAGGGACCGUUCUGUGCAGAAAGGCGGCGGGGGUCGAUACGGAAACAGCACCUUCCCGCCGUGCUCUGGAAGCAGCGCGCACCCGGCGCUGGAGCUAGCGACGCGGGGAACGCCCUCAGCGCCGCCGCCCGCAGCUGGAGGCAGCCGCGCCCGGCUCCGCCUCCCACCGCGCCCCGCCUCUCGGCUUCCAUUGCCCGCGCCGGGCGCCCGAGGUUGCUUUGCGCCCGGCGGCGGAGCGCUGACAUCGCGGGGCGGUGAGCGCCGGCGGAGCCAGGCUGAGGCCGCCGCUGCCGGGAAGCUGGGCGGGGAGACGGCCGAGAUGGUGGAGGACGGCAGCGAGGAAGAGGAGGGGGAGGCGGAGGGAGAGAGAGGGGAGAUGCUGGGAGCCCCGCAGCACAACGGCUUCCUCCCCGGCAAGGAAGCGGAGAACGGCGGCCCCGGAGGAUGCGCGGCGGCCGGGACCGGGGCGGGCGGGCGGGCGGAGACGCGGCUGUCGCGGCGGCGGCUGGCGGUGCUGGCCGUGUUCAGCUGCUACUCGCUGGUGAACGCUUUCCAGUGGAUCCAGUACAGCAUCCUUAGCAACGUCUUCGUCCACUUCUACGGCGUGUCCUUCACGGAGAUAGACUGGCUCUCCAUGGUGUACAUGGUGGCCUACGUGCCGCUCAUCCUGCCCGCCACCUGGCUGCUGGACGCCCGCGGCCUUCGCCUCACGGCGCUGCUGGGCGCGGGGCUGAACGCGCUGGGCGCGUGGCUCAAGUGCGCCAGCCUGGCGCCCGGCCGCUACGCGUUCACCAUGGCGGCGCAGGCCGUGUGCGCCGUCGCGCAGGUCUUCAUCCUGGGGCUGCCCUCCCGCAUCGCUUCCGUCUGGUUCGGCCCCGCCGAGGUCUCCACCGCCUGCUCCGUGGCCGUGCUGGGCAAUCAGCUUGGCACUGCCAUUGGCUUUUUGUUGCCACCUGUCUUGGUUCCAAAUACCCCUGAUGAUAUUGAUCUAAUGGCACAUAAUAUAAGCAUAAUGUUCUAUGGAACAGCAAUAGUAUCCACACUUUUGUUCUUCUUAACAGGAGUUGUGUUCAAAGAGAAGCCCAAAUACCCUCCCAGUCACUCUCAAGCACUCCUGCAAGCUAUGCCUCCUGAGGAUUACUCCUACAAGCAGUCAAUUAUUAAUUUGAUCAAAAAUGUCCCAUUUGUGCUUCUACUGAUCAGCUAUGGAAUUAUGACUGGAACAUUUUAUUCUGUUUCCACAUUGUUAAACCAGAUGAUAGUAACUCAUUAUGAGGGAGAAGAAGUGAACGCUGGGAGAAUUGGCUUGACACUGGUGGUGGCAGGAAUGGUGGGUUCGAUUAUUUGUGGUUUGUGGCUGGAUUACACUAAAACGUACAAGCAAACUACUUUGAUUGUUUACAUUCUCUCCUUCAUUGGGAUGGUGGUAUUCACCUUCACGCUGGACCUCGGAUACCUUAUAGUGGUGUUUGUGACUGGAGGAGUGCUUGGGUUCUUCAUGACCGGCUAUCUGCCACUUGGGUUUGAAUUUGCAGUGGAAAUUACAUACCCAGAGUCUGAAGGCACUUCCUCAGGUCUCCUCAAUGCAUCAGCACAGAUAUUUGGAAUUGUCUUUACGCUUGUUCAAGGAAAGCUUACAACAGACUACAGUCCUCGUGCAGGAAACCUCUUUCUUUGUGCUUGGCUGUUCGUGGGCAUUAUCUUGACAGCCUUAAUAAAAUCAGAUCUGCGAAGACACAAUGUGAAUUCAGGGAUUAUGAAUAUGGAUGUGAAAGCUGUACCAGUUGACAAUCCAGAACGUGAAACUUGUACUGCAUUAAAAAUUCAGUCAGAUUUGUAAGCCUGAAAGAAGACGGCUUAGAAACGCACAAUUUCUGUUGAACGCUUAACAAAAUUAGUAUAGUCACUGGAUUUAUGUGUAUGAGUAGUAAAAUGUGUUUGGUGAUUUUGGUGACAGUUAUGUGGACAGCUAUGAAGAUGCUGACUUCAUUUUGCCCAAGAUAUAAACAAUAGGACUUUGUAUGGAAUAUUUAUUGUAACAGACUACAAGUUUUGCUGUUUCGUUAAUGAAUCACAGAGUCGUAGGGGUUGGAAGGGACUUCUGGGGAUCAUCGAGUCCAACCCCCUAAUGCUCUCCAUUUUGGGAAGAAGUGUACGUUCAGGAUGCACACCAAAAUGUGCAUUUGGAAUCCUGAAGUACAGCCAUGAUCAGAAGUAUCUUCUCCCCAGGAAAUCAGAAGUUAGUUAAUUUCUUGUUCAGUUCUUUCUAGUGCUUUUACCAAGUCGGAGUAGGUAGCUGCAUGACUGAAGGGUAUUCAUACUUCUUUCUAAUGUCUCUGAUGUAAGACAGUAUUUCCUUCUGGGAAACUGUCUAUAGCACAAUUCUGAAAACGUGAUAACUGCAAUUAUGUGUGUUGAGUUUCUUUUGCCGUGAAACUUCUUGAUAGAUAGUGGAAGAUGAGAGAAAAUGCUUUUUUUUGUAGGUUCAUCAAGCAUUUCUGGGGAGAUUUAAAGAGCUUCCUACUAGGUAUGUUGAAGAAAAUACAUUUCUUAUUAAAUAGAAAGAAAAGAAGAAGAAAGACCAUUGAUUUAUCUAUCUAUCUAUGGUGAAGUAUUCACAGGCAAUGGAAUAUGAUUGCACAGGUUGCCUCCUGAAUAUUUUGAGUGCUUUCUCAGUUCAAAUGAGAGGAACAUGUGUUUACAAAGAGAUGGUGCCUUUACAAAGUAAAGAAGAUCCUUGCCUCAUCUUGAGUUUGGCCAGUGCUGCUGAAGAAAUUCCAUUUUGCUUGUUAAACCUCCUGAAUGUUUGUGGAGUAUCCGAAAAUGUGCUCUAUCUGUUGUAUUGUUUUUUCUUUCCCCUCCAUUUAUUUCUCUGUGUUACGUUGUAUCAUUUGUCUCCUGUAAAAUUUUUGUGCUCAUUGUGUAACUUAACAGUAAAUAAUGUCUUGUUCCUCACAGUCAAGAGCUGUAAGGGUGACUGAAAGGAAAAUAGUGAUGUUUUUCUUUGUCUGAUGAAAUACUUGCUGUUUAAAUAAUGAGUCUUAGCUACUAAGUACUAAGCUUCUUUGCUUUUGUAUUAUAAUUGUUUGUAUUAUUUCUCACUGCAGUGCUACUGAUAUUAUUCUUCACCCUGUGUACUAUCUACCCAGCUCCAGAACUGACAUCCCUACAGUAAUACUGAGGCUCUUCUACUGAAAAGUCCAGCCAGAGUUAGCAGCAUUGAGGCUUUAGCAGCCUUUCAGGUGAGCCUGCAGUUUCAGUGCCAUCAGUGAUGCAGUCUCUGUGUUCCUACAGCUGUAGUGCCAUCCAGCAGGUUGAAUCCUGCUUGAAGUUUUUCUGUGGGUUACAAAUUGAUAUGGAGAACUUUGCAACUCCCAAGAUAGUCUUUCAAGGUGUUAAGUAUAAUUAAAUGCUUUUCUUCUGCCUUGUUUCUCUAAAGAUUUAGAGAUUUUUUUUUUUUAAUAUAUAAAGCAGAACCUGUAUUUGUAGCUUUCUUAACCUAGUGAUAAAUGCUUCAGACAUGAGUAGGCUGAGUGGCAAUGUAUGUAUCUGAAGAAGCCAGGCAUAUCUGAACAUUGGUCUUUCCAAAACAAGCCCAUGCCUCUGCCGGAGCCAGCACUAGAGGGAAAGUGGGCAUGCUUUGUGGCUCCUGGAGAGGCAAGCUCUAUGAGAGGAGUCCUGUGUGAGAUAGCUGAAAAGAGAUGUUCAGAUGGCAGGCAAGAGGAUAGGAGUGGAAGUAGAGGUACCUUGUUUAUCUCAGUUCUUACAUGGAGCGACUAACUGAUACCAGCUGCCCCGUUCAUGGGUGUACACAUUUUCAGCCUGAGUGAGCAAAGUGAAAUUUCCUUCCUUUUGCUUUCUGAAUGAUUUUUGCCUUUAGAGAAGUGGUGACACUAUGAUACAUACAUACAUAUAUAUAACUCUUCCACAGAAUACAGGUAUACAGAAUGGAUGUGCUUUCAGACGUCCAGUAGAGUCUUUGGCAGCAUCCAGAAUACUUUCUACAUAUCUGCUAAACACUCUAAAGUUGAGCUCUUAAUUUAUUUUGGAAAUUCCUUUCCCUACUAGAUUCCAGUUUGUUUAGUUGUUUUCAGUUGAUUAUUGAAAACUAUUCUAGCCCUACUGGCUCCUUGUGUUUUUCAUCUUCUGCCAAAUUACUUGGCUGCCCUCUGAAAUUGUCCAAACAAGGUUUUUGGCAUGCUAAAAAGCCUGCAGGGUUCCUGAAAAGAAAAUAUUCCUAAUAAUGAAGACUUAAUUACAUCCUAGACUUAAUGCAGAUCAGAAGGAACUUGAAAGUCGGAAACCUGUGAGUAUGUAUUUAUUUGAAAGCUAUUUCUGGGCAAGAACUAAGUAUAGGAAUAAAAGGCUAAGUGGCAAAAUGAGGAACAAAUAAACCAAUACUCUUCUCAUCUUUUCACAAAAAGAAAAAAAAAAAAAAGGGUUCUAGCUUGUGGCAGAAACUGCUUUGGGGUAGUUGGGGCUUUAUUUUUUGCUUUCUGUUUGUUUUUUUUUAAAUAAUAUCAAUCAAAUGUGUCUGGAAUUGGAAAUAGUGUUUCUGACUUUCUGAGCCAUCAGAUGGUGGCUCAGCCCUCUUCUGGCAGAGACUAAGAAUCAAAACUGCUUAAAGAGUAAUCAGUCCAGCAAUGGGAUCGUGUGUGCCAGCUGUGAGAGGACAGAAUCAGAAACCAUGUGAGGGAGCCAUCCCAAUUCCAUGCAUUAAUUUGUGCUUUCAGUAUGCUCUUCUGCCUAUCACAGGAGCGUGUGUCUGCUGUUACCAACUUACGAUUCCUAGUGGAAAAAAUGCUUUUUGAAAAAGCUUUGGGCUGCUGUGUGUAUGACUGAGUGAAAUUGGGUUAAUUCAUAUGUAUUGCUCUCAUUUUUCCAUUCCGUGAACUCAAUAGUUUUACUUUGUGAAUGGGAAUGUGGUGUUGGUUUUUAUCUUGCUGUACUUGUAACACUUUCUGGAGCAUUAGAGACUACAGACAAUUCAUAGCCCACAAGCUAAGCUGUUGUAUCCAUGUUUUAUCCCCCCUACACACAAUGUGCUGCCUGAAAUCUGUGAAGAGAAAUUGUUAAUACACAGAAUAGGGUGGAAUAAGCAAAAAUAUGCUCAAGAGAAAUGCAUUUUCUUGUAAGACCUGUGUUAUAUACUGCUUGUCUUUGUUCUCUUGGAGAUUGUGAAGAUUUUUGCUGUAAUUUUUGUUAUUGUCCUAUUCUUUGUUUCAAAAUAAAGUUUAAAAAAAAAUCCCUA